AUGGGCCGUCCCCCCGCCCUCCGCCGGACCCCGCCGCUGCUGCCGCUGUUGCUGCUGCUGCUGCCGCCGCUGGGCGCCGCCGCCGCCGCUGAGCCCCGACAGGUUUUCCAGGUGCUGGAGGAGCAGCCGGCCGGCACCUGGGUGGGCACCAUCGCCACCCGUCCCGGCUUCACAUACCGGCUGAGCGAGCACCACGCCCUCUUCGCCAUCAACGGGACCUCGGGCGCCUUGCACACCCGCGCCACCAUCGACCGCGAGAGCCUGGCCAGCGAUGUGGUGGACCUGGUGGUGCUCUCCAGCCAGCCCACCUACCCCAGCGAGGUGCGGGUCCUGGUGCUGGACAUCAACGACAACGCGCCCGUCUUCCCCGAUCCCUCCAUCAUGGUGACGUUCAAGGAGGACACGGGCAGCGGGCGCCAGCUCAUCUUGGACACGGCCACCGAUGCCGACAGCGGCACGAACGGUGUAGACCACAACUCCUACCGCAUCGUGUCUGGCAACGAGGAGGGGCGUUUCCGGCUCAACAUCACCCUCAACCCCAGUGGUGAAGGAGCUUUCUUGCACCUGGUUUCCAGAGGCGGGCUGGACCGGGAGGCCACUGCUACCUACCAGCUGUUGGUGCAGGUGGAGGACAAGGGUGAGCCCCGGCUUCGAGGUUAUCUCCAGGUCAAUGUCACCAUCCAGGACAUCAACGACAACCCGCCCAUCUUCAGCCAGACUCUGUACCAGGCGCGGGUGCCCGAGGACGCCCCGGUUGGUGCCAGUGUUCUUCAGGUGGCCGCGGCCGACGCCGACGAAGGCACCAACGCUGACAUUCGCUACCGCCUGGAAGGAGGCGAUGGUGGUGGCGGGGAGGGUGCUGGCAGUCUCCCGUUUGAGGUGGACCCUGAGAGCGGGGUGAUCCGCAUCCGGGAGCGUUUGGACUACGAGCUGCGGCAGCAGUACUCGCUGACAGUGCAGGCCACGGACCGGGGGGUGCCGGCGCUGAGCGGCCGGGCCGAGGCCCUCAUCCGCCUGCUCGACGUCAACGACAACGAGCCCCGGGUGAAGUUCCGUUACUUCCCGGCCACCUCCCGCUUCGCCUCCGUGGACGAGAACGCAGCCCCCGGCACAGUGGUGGCCCUGCUGACCGUGAGCGACGCCGACUCCCCCGCGGCCAACGGGAACAUCUCCGUGUCGAUCCUGGCGGGAAACGAGCAGCGGCACUUCGAGGUGCACAGCAGCAAGGUGCCCAACCUCAGCCUCAUCAAGGUGGCGGCCGCCUUGGACCGCGAGCGCAUCCCGGCCUACAACCUUACGGUGGCCGUGGCCGAUAACUAUGGGGCCCCACCGCCACCACCGGGAACACCCCCGUCCUCCCUUUCCCCCGACGGGGUGGCGGCAGCUCCCGUGAGCCGCUCGUCGGUCGCAAGCUUGGUGAUCUUUGUGAAUGACAUCAACGACCACCCCCCUGUCUUCGAGCAGUCGGUGUACAGGGCGAACAUCAGCGAGGAGGUGCCCCUGGGCAGCUACGUGCGGGGCCUGAGCGCCACAGACCGCGACUCGGGCCUCAACGCCAACCUCAAAUACAGCAUCGUCUCGGGCAAUGAGCUGGGCUGGUUUCGCAUCAGUGAGCACAGUGGGUUGGUGACUACUGCUAGUCCCCAGGGUGGCACCAGUGGGCAUGCUUCGGGCACAUCCGUCUCCAGCGGGCUGGACCGGGAGACUGCUUCUCAGGUGGUGCUCAACAUCAGCGCCCGUGACCAAGGGGUGCAGCCAAAGUUCUCCUACGCACAACUGGUGGUGACCAUCUUGGAUGUCAAUGACAACAAACCCCGCUUCAGUCAACCCGAGGGCUACCGGGUGUCCCUGGCUGAAAACUCCCCGUCAGGGACUGAGAUACUGGUCCUGAGUGCUACGGAUGGGGACCAGGGGGACAACGGGACCGUCCGGUUCUCCCUGCAGGAGGCUGAGCCGGUGCUGGCAGCAGUUGGCCCCUCCUCAGUGAGCCCUCGGCAGAUCUUCCGCUUGGAUCCUGUGUCGGGCAAGCUCAGCACCAUCUCGCAGCUGGACCGGGAGGAGCAGGCUCACUUCUCCCUGCAGGUCCUGGCCACGGAUUUAGGCUCUCCCCCCCUGUCUUCCGUAGCCUACGUUAACGUGAGCCUCCUGGAUGUGAAUGACAACAGUCCCGUGUUUUACCCCGUUCAGUAUUUUGCCCAUAUCCAAGAGAAUGAGCCAGCUGAAACGUACGUGACCACAGUGUCCGCCACCGACCCCGACUUGGGACCUAAUGGGACAGUAAAGUACAGCAUCUCAGCUGGGGACAUCUCCAGGUUUCAGGUCCAUGGCGAGACAGGGGUCAUCACAACCAAAAUAGCUCUCGACAGGGAGGAGAAAACUGCUUACCAGUUGCAGAUUGUGGCCACUGAUGGUGGCCAUCUUCAGUCGCAGAACCAAGCCAUUGUCACCAUCACUGUCUUGGACACCCAGGACAAUCCACCUGUUUUCAGCCAGAGCAUCUACAGUUUUGUUGUCUUUGAAAACGUUGCCCUCGGUUACCACGUAGGCACCGUUUCUGCUUCGACCAUGGACCUCAACACCAACAUCAGUUACCUGAUUACAACAGGUGACCAAAGGGGGGUGUUUGCCAUCAACAGGGUGACAGGGCAGAUCACCACAGCGAGCAUUAUUGACAGGGAGGAGCAAGCAUUUUACCAGCUGAAGGUGGUUGCUAGUGGUGGGGCAAUAACUGGAGAUGCCAUGGUCAACAUAACUGUCAAAGAUUUGAACGACAACUCCCCACACUUCAUUCACGUGGUGGAAAGCGUGAAUGUGGUUGAAAACUGGAAAGCUGGGCAUACAAUAUUCCAGGCCAAGGCUUUUGAUCCCGAUGAAGGUGUUAAUGGUGUGGUCCUUUACAGCCUGAAGCAAAACCCAAAGGGUUUGUUUGCAAUCGAUGAACAAACGGGUGCUGUAAGCUUAACAGGACCCCUGGACAUAAAUGCUGGCUCUUACCAAGUUGAAAUCCUGGCCUCAGAUAUGGGGGUGCCACAGCUGUCCUCUAACUUUAUCCUGACUGUCUCUGUCCACGAUGUGAAUGACAACCCACCUGUGUUUGACCAGCUUUCCUAUGAAAUCACUAUUCUGGAGUCGGAGCCUGUGAAUUCCAGGUUCUUUAAGGUGCAGGCUUCCGACAAGGACUCAGGAGUGAACGGUGAGAUAGCUUACAGUAUAAGGGAAGGGAAUACAGGGGAUGCCUUUGGAAUCUUCCCGGAUGGUCAGCUGUAUAUAAAGAGUGAACUGGACCGUGAGCUUCAGGAGAGAUACCUCUUACUGGUUGUGGCCUCUGACAGGGCAGUGGAGCCGCUCAGUGCUGCGGUGAACGUCACUGUCAUUCUGGAGGAUGUCAAUGAUAACCGGCCCUUGUUCAACAGUACCAACUAUGUGUUUUAUUUUGAAGAGGAGCAGAGAGGUGGGUCAUAUGUAGGUAAAAUAAAUGCUGUGGAUAAGGACUUCGGGCCAAACGGUGAAGUCAGGUACUCCUUUGAGCACAUGCAGCCGGAUUUUGAGCUGAACACGGUGACUGGGGAAAUAAGAAGCACUCACCAGUUUGACAGAGAAGCUCUCAUGAGGCAAAGGGGAGCUGCAGUAUUUAGCCUCACAGUAAUAGCAACAGAUCAGGGAUUGCCAAAGCCUCUAAAGGAUCAGGCAACUGUACAGAUCUACAUGAAGGACAUCAAUGAUAAUGCUCCCAAGUUUUUGAAAGAUCUUUACCAAGCUACUAUAUCAGAACUGGCAGUGAAUCUGACACAGGUUCUGAGGGUUUCUGCCUCGGAUGUUGAUGAAGGGGUUAAUGGGUUGAUUCACUACUCUGUAAUCAAGGGAAAUGAAGAAAAGCAGUUUGCAAUUGAGAGCAGCACAGGCCAAGUGACCUUGGUUGGCAACCUGGAUCAUGAGGCCACCGCGUCCUAUUCGCUUGUCAUCCAAGCGGUAGACUCAGGAGUGGUUUCCCUGAGCUCAACUUGUGUCUUGUGCAUUGAUGUCUUGGAUGAAAAUGACAAUAGUCCUUCCUUCCCCAAAUCCACCUUGUUUGUGGAUGUCCUGGAGAACAUGAGAGUCGGUGAGCUCGUGUCGUCUGUCACUGCCACAGAUUCUGAUUCAGGUGACAAUGCUGACCUCCACUAUAGCAUCACAGGGACAAACAAUCAUGGGACCUUUAGCAUCAGUCCCAACACUGGCAGUAUUUUUCUUGCAAAGAAGCUGGACUUUGAGACCCAAUCCCUGUAUAAGCUAAAUAUCACUGCAAAAGACCAAGGAAGGCCACCACGGUCAUCCACAAUGUCAGUGGUAAUACAUGUCAGGGAUUUUAAUGACAAUCCUCCUAAUUUCCCCCCAGGGGACAUCUUCAAAUCUAUUGUUGAGAACGUUCCUGUUGGUAGCUCUGUCAUUUCUGUGACUGCUCACGAUCCAGAUGCAGAUAUUAAUGGGCAGCUAGCAUAUGCAAUCGUUCAGCAGAUGCCAAGGGGAAAUCAUUUCCGUAUAGAUGAGGUGAGAGGGACCAUAUUCACCAGUGCUGAAAUAGACCGUGAGUUUGCUAAUCUCUUUGAGCUAACAGUCAAAGCCACUGAUCAGGCUGUCCCCAUGGAGACCAGGAGAUUUGCUUUGAAGAACGUGACCAUUUUGGUGACAGAUCAAAAUGACAAUGUUCCUGUGUUUAUAUCUCAAAACGCUCUCGCAGCUGACCCUUCGGUUGUGAUCGGGUCAGUACUAAUGACAAUUAUUGCUGCAGACCCUGAUGAGGGUGCCAACGGAGAAGUGGAGUAUGAAAUAAUCAAUGGGGACACUGAGACCUUCAUCGUGGAUCGCUACAGUGGGGAUUUACGAGUGGCAUCAGCUUUGGUGCCUUCUCAGCUCAUCUACAACCUCAUAGUUUCUGCCACAGAUCUUGGCCCGGAAAGGAGGAAAUCCACCACGGAGAUGACUAUAAUUCUCCAGGGGGUUGACGGGCCUGUCUUCACUCAGCCAAAAUACAUUACCAUCUUAAAAGAAGGUGAGCCCAUCGGGACAAACGUGAUCUCUAUUGAAGCAGCAAGCCCACGGGGCUCUGCAGCUCAGGUGGAAUAUUUCAUUGUCUCCGUGCGCUGUGAGGAUAAGAGCCUGGGGCGCCUCUUCACCAUCGGGCGCCACACGGGGGUCAUCCAGACUGCUGCCAUUCUGGACAGGGAGCAAGGAGCACGUCUCUACUUGUUGGAUGUUUAUGCCAUUGAGAAAUCAUCUGUUUUGCCCCGCACUCAGCGAGCAGAGGUGGAAAUAACACUUCAGGAUAUCAAUGACAACCCACCAGUGUUCCCCACUGAUAUGCUUGAUCUGACUGUAGAAGAGAAUAUGGGAGAUGGAUCCAAAAUACUGCAGCUGACAGCUAUGGAUGCAGAUGAGGGAGCCAAUGCCCUUGUCACAUACACGAUUAUCAGCGGGGCGGAUGACAGCUUCCACAUUGACCCCGAGUCAGGGGACCUGAUAGCCACCAGGCGCCUGGACCGGGAGCGCCGCUCCAAGUACUCCCUGCUGGUCCGUGCUGACGAUGGGCUCCAGUCCUCAGACAUGAGAAUAAACAUCACUGUGAGUGAUGUCAAUGACCACAUCCCCAAAUUCUCCAAGCCUGUCUACUCCUUUGACAUCCCAGAAGAUGCCACUCCAGGUUCUCUAGUGGCAGCCAUUCUAGCCACUGAUGAUGAUUCUGGGAUCAAUGGGGAGAUCACUUACACUGUGAGUGAGGAUGAUGAAGAGGGAAUCUUCUUCCUGAACCCCGUCACUGGAGUCUUCAACCUGACCCGCGCGCUGGACUACGAAGCGCAGCAGUACUACAUUCUUACUGUCUGUGCUGAAGAUGGGGGAGGCCAAUUUACUGCCAUCAGAGUCUACUUCAACAUCUUGGAUGUCAACGAUAACCCCCCAGUGUUCAGCAUGUCCUCCUACAGCACAUCUGUGAUGGAGAACCUGGCUCCAGGGGCUGCCAUUCUCAACUUCAGCGUCACCGAUGCGGAUGCCGGCUCCAACUCUGAGCUCUCCUUCAGCAUCACAUCCGGAGACAGCGCAGGGCAGUUUGGCAUCGACAGCCGCGGGGUGCUGAGCAUCAGGCAGCCUUUGGACAGGGAGAAGCAAUCCUUCUACAGCCUGGUCCUGCAGGUCCACGACAUGGCCCCUCUCCCAGCCACCCGCUACACGAGCACAGCCCAAGUUUCAAUUAUUCUGCUGGAUGUCAACGACAGCCCCCCCAGUUUCAUCUCCCCCAAGCUGACCUACGUCCCCGAAAACACGGCCAUAGACACCGUGGUGUUCAGAGCUCAGGCAACAGAUCCUGACAGUGGUCCCAACAGCUACAUCGAGUACAGCCUGCUGACACCUGCUCUGGGCAACAAGUUCACCAUCGGUACCAUCGGAGGGGAAGUGAGGCUGACGGGGGAGCUUGACAGAGAGGCUGUUUCCAACUACACCUUGACCGUGGUAGCCACAGACAAGGGCCAGCCCUCCCUUUCUGCGUCGACGGAGGUGGUGGUUGUGGUCCUGGAUGUGAAUGACAACAACCCCCUCUUUGCCCAAAAGCUUUACAGAGUAGAGGUGGGGGAAAAUACUCUGACAGGGACAGAUGUAAUCCAGGUGUUUGCUACGGAUGGGGAUGAGGGCACCAACGGGCAGGUCCGCUACACCAUCCUCAGUGGAGAUGCCAGCAGUGAGUUCCGGAUCGACUCUGUGACAGGAGUGAUCACGGUUGCCAAACCUUUGGACAGGGAGAGGAAGGCCUCCUACACACUGACUGUUCAGUCAGCUGACCGUGGGAGCAGCCCCAGGACUGACACCACCACAGUCAGCAUCAUUCUGAAGGAUGUCAAUGAUUACAUUCCCACCUUUGAACUCUCUCCCUACUCUGUGAACGUCCCUGAGAACCUAGAGACGCUCCCAAAGGUUAUUCUUCAGGUUGUGGCAAGGGAUGAUGAUCAGGGCCUGAACAGCAAGCUCACCUAUGUGCUGGUGGCUGGAAAUGAGGAAGGAGCCUUCACCCUGUCAGCCAGUGGGGAGCUGCGCCUGGUGCAGAGCCUGGACAGGGAGGCAAAGGAGCAGUACCUGCUGCUGGUCACAGCUGCUGAUGCAGGGUCUCCUGCCCUCACUGGCACUGGAACCAUUGCUGUCAGGGUGGAUGAUGUCAAUGACAACAUCCCCACAUUUGCCUUCAGCUUCUAUUCUACCACAGUUCCAGAGGAUGCUCCCACGGGGACAGAUAUUUUGCUUGUCAACUCCUCAGAUGCUGAUGCCUCUACAAAUGCUGUUAUUAGCUACAGGCUUUCUGGUGGCAAUUCCCAGUUCACCAUCAACCCCUCAACAGGACAGAUCAUCACCAGUGCUCUCCUGGAUCGGGAGGAGAGGGAGAAUUACACACUGGUGGUGGUGGCGACCGACGGGGGCUUCCCCAGGGCCCUCUCCAGUUCCACCAGUGUGCUCGUCUCUGUCACUGAUGUCAAUGACAACCCACCCAAAUUCCAGCACCAUCCCUAUGUCACCCACAUCCCAUCACCCACCACUUCAGGCUCCUUUGUGUUUGCUGUGACUGUCACUGAUGCAGAUGCUGGCUCCAAUGCUGAGCUCCACUAUUCCCUUGUGGGCAAAAACUCUGAGAAAUUCCACAUUGAUCCCGCCAGGGGAGCGAUCCUGGCUGCCAGCUCGCUGGCAGGAGAGUCUGAAGUCACCAUUUCUGUCCAUGUGAGGGACGGCGGUCGGUACCCCAAGACAGACUCUACGACUGUCACCGUCAGGUUUGUGAACAGAGCAGAAUUCCCUCAGGUUGAGGCAGAACAGGAAACCUUCACGUUCCCUGAAAACCAAGCGGUCGGCACGCUCGUCACCACUGUCUCCGGAUCCUCAGCCAGAGGAGGCUCCUUGUCUUACUACAUCGCCAGUGGGAACCUGGGCAGCACUUUCCUCGUUGACCAGGUGACAGGACAGCUUUCUGUGGGUCGGGCUUUGGAUUAUGAAGCCAUCCAGAAAUACGUGGUUUGGGUUGAGGCCAGAGAUACGGGCUUCCCUCCCUUUUCCUCUUAUAAGAAACUGGAAGUAACGGUGGUAGAUGUCAAUGAUAACAGACCAGAGUUUGAGCAAGAUCCCUUCAUUGCAGAGGUAGUGGAGAACCUGUCCCCACGGAAGAUACUGACAGUGGCUGCUGUUGACAGGGACAGUGGUCUGAAUGGGCAGCUAAACUAUGAAAUAAUCGAGGGGAAUACGGAAAACAGCUUCAGCAUCAAUCGAGCCACCGGUGAGAUCAGAAGUGUGAGGCCCUUGGACAGGGAGAAAUUGUCUCGAUACGUACUAACCAUAAAAGCAUCAGACAAAGGCACGCCCCUCCAGAGCACAACUGUCAAGGUUCUGAUUAAUAUUUUGGAUGAAAACGACAACGCUCCGAGGUUCUCACAGAUAUUCAGUGCCUCCGUGCCUGAGAACGCACCUCUGGGCUUCACCGUCACCCGGGUCACCACGUCAGAUGAGGACAUCGGGGUGAACGCGGUCAGCAGGUACUCCAUAAGAGACACCAGUCUGCCCUUUUCCAUAAAUCCCAGCACCGGGGACAUCACCAUCAGCAGACCACUGAACAGGGAGGACACAGACCGCUACAGAAUCAGGGUCUCAGCCCACGACUCCGGGUGGACCGUGAGCACAGAUGUCACCAUAUUUGUCACGGAUGUCAACGACAAUGCCCCGCGGUUUACAAAGCCAUCUUACUACCUGGAGUGUCCCGAGCUUCCUGGCAUUGGGUUAAAGGCCACGCAGGUUUCAGCCACCGAUCCCGAUGAAGGGUCAAACGGCCAAGUCUUCUACUUCAUAAAAUCCCAGUCUGAGUUCUUCCGGAUUAACGCGACCACUGGGGAGAUUUUCAACAAGCAGUACUUAAGGUACCAGAACUCCAGUGGUUCCAGCAAUGUCAACAUUAACAGACACAGCUUCAUCGUUACCUCCUCAGACCGAGGCAGCCCUCCCUUAAUGAGUGAGACAACUGUCACCAUUAACAUAGUAGACAGCAAUGACAACGCGCCGCUGUUCCUCGCUGAUAAGUAUUUCACUCCUGUUACCAAGAACGUGAGGGUUGGCACAAACUUAAUUAAAGUGACCGCGGUGGAUGACAAAGACUUUGGCUUGAAUUCUGAAGUGGAGUACUUUAUCUCUGAUGAAGGCAAAACUAAUAAAUUCAGACUGGACAGGAGCACAGGCUGGAUUUCUGUGUCAUCUUCACUGAUGGCUGAUCUGAACAGGAACUUUCUGUUCGUGGUGAAAGCAAAGGAUAAGGGUAAUCCUCCGCUCUCAUCUGAGGUAACUGUUGAAAUAGUUGUGACAGAGGAAAAUUACCACACACCUGAGUUUUCUCAAAACCGUAUGAGCAUUACUGUCCCAGAGAGUCACCCUGUGGGAACGGUGGUCAGGACGGUUUCAGCCCGGGACAGAGAUGCUGCUAUGAAUGGUUUGAUAAGAUACAAUAUUUCCUCUGGAAACGAGGCUGGUCUCUUUGCUAUCAAUGCAACUACUGGUACACUGACACUAUCAAAACCACUUGAUUUUGAGUUACACCAAAAGCAUGAGCUCGUUGUCACUGCGACAGAUGGCGGGUGGGUGCCCAGAACAGGCUAUUGCAGUGUCACUGUUCAUGUCAUUGAUGUGAAUGAUAACUCUCCAGCAUUCAGCCCUGAGGACUACUUUCCAAAUGUGUUAGAAAAUGCCCCCAGUGGGACAACUGUUAUUCGUUUAAAUGCCACUGAUGCUGACUCUGGUCCUAAUGCCGUGAUUGCCUAUGCUAUUCAGUCCUCAGACAGUGACCUUUUUGUCAUUGACCCCAAUACAGGAACCAUCACCACCCAGGGAUUUUUAGAUUAUGAAACAAAGCAAAGUUACCAUUUAACAGUAAAGGCUUUUAACGUUCCAGAUGAAGAGAGGUGCAGCUUUGCUAGUGUCAACAUCCAGUUAGAAGGGACAAAUGAGUAUGUGCCUCGUUUUGUGUCCAAGCUUUAUUAUUUUGAGGUUUCUGAGGCAGCCUCCAAAGGUACCGUUGUAGGUGAAGUUUUUGCAAGUGAUCGUGAUAUGGGAGCUGAUGGAGAAGUCCAGUACCUUAUCUUUGGCAACAGCAGGAAGAAGGGUUUCCAGAUAGAUGAAAAAAGUGGCCAGAUAUAUGUUUCGGGACUUCUAGACAGAGAAAAAGAAGAACGAAUCUCUUUGAAAGUCCUUGCAAAAAAUUUUGGGAGCAUCCGUGGUGCAGACAUAGAUGAAGUUACUGUUAACAUCACUGUCCUGGAUGCCAACGAUCCCCCCAUUUUUACCUUGGGCACCUACAACGUACGGAUCAGCGAGGGUGUUCCUCCAGGCACCCACGUCACUUUUGUGAGCGCCUUUGACUCAGAUUCUGUCCCCAGCUGGAGCAGGUUUUCCUAUUUCAUCGGCUCCGGCAAUGACAACGGUGCCUUUUCCAUCAACCCACAGACAGGACAGGUGACAGUCACCACGGAGCUGGACCGGGAAACGUUGCCUGUCUACAACCUGUCUCUGCUGGCCAUUGAUUCAGGAACACCCUCUGCCACGGGAAGCGCCUCUUUGUUGGUAACUCUGGAAGACAUCAACGACAACGGCCCUACCUUGUCCUCCAGCCAAGGAGAAGUCAUGGAGAACAACCGUGCGGGGACUCUCGUGAUGACACUUCAGUCAUCAGACCCCGAUCUCCCUCCCAACCAAGGUCCUUUCACCUAUUACUUGCUCAGCACUGGCCCCGCAACCAGCUACUUCAGCCUGAGCACCACCGGAGUGCUGACAACCACCAGGGAGAUCGACAGGGAGCAGAUCAGCGACUUCUACCUGUCAGUGAUCACAAGAGACUCCGGUGUUCCUCAGAUGUCUUCCACGGGAACUGUGCAUAUCAAGGUGAUCGACCAAAACGACAACCCCUCUCAGCCCAGAGCAGUAGAAAUCUUUGUUCACUAUUAUGGCAACCUCUUCCCAGGUGGGAUUCUGGGCAACGUAAAGCCGCAGGAUCCGGAUGUGCUAGACAGCUUCCAGUGCUCCCUCACCUCAGGAGUCACCAGCCUCUUCAGCAUUCCCGCGGGUACCUGUGAGCUGCACUCCCAGGCGAGGUCCACGGACGGGACGUUUGACCUGUCUGUCCUCAGCAGUGACGGGCUGCACGGCGCCGUCACCAGCAGCGUCCGCGUUUUCUUCACCGGCUUCGGCAACGCCACCAUCGCCAACAGCAUCCUCCUGCGCCUCAGCACCCACAGCCUGAGGGAUUUCCUGACAAACCACUACCUCCACUUCCUGCGCAUCGCCAGCUCCCAGCUGACGGGCCUGGGCACCUCCAUCCAGCUCUAUGGCCUGCACGAGGAGAGCAACCACACCUUCCUGAUGGCGGCCAUCAAGCGCGGCAACAACCAGCACGUCAACCCCAGCGGCGUCGCCACCUUCUUCGAGAGCAUCAAGGACGUCCUCUUCCGGCAGAGCGGGGUGCGGGUCGAGGCUGUGGAUCACGACUGGUGCCUGCAGAGCCCCUGCCAGAACGGAGGGAGCUGCCUGAGGAGGUUGGCGGUGAGCCCUGCCCUGAAGAGCCACCAGAGCACCCCCGUCAUCAUCGUGGCCAACGAGCCCCUCCGGCCAUUUGUGUGCAGGUGCCUGCCGGGCUACGAUGGGAGCCUCUGCCAGACGGACAUCGACGAGUGCCUGCCUUCCCCCUGCCACAACGCUGGGACGUGCCACAACUUGGUGGGAGGCUUCUCCUGCAGUUGUCCAGAAGGCUUCACCGGCAUGGCCUGCGAGAGGGACGUCAACGAGUGCCUUUCCCACCCAUGCAAAAAUGGAGCUGCCUGCCAGAACUUCCCAGGAAGCUUCAGCUGCCUUUGUAAAACUGGCUACACAGGGAAAACGUGUGACUCCACUGUCAAUUACUGUGAGUGCAACCCCUGCUUCAACGGAGGAUCCUGCCAAAGCGGGGUGGAGGGCUACUACUGCCACUGCCCCUUUGGUGUUUUUGGGAAUCAUUGUGAGCUGAACAGUUAUGGCUUCGAGGAGCUGUCCUACAUGGAGUUUCCCAGUCUGGAUCCCAACAAUAAUUACAUCUAUAUAAAGUUUGCCUCUAUCCAAAGCAAUGCCUUACUGCUGUACAACCACGACAACCAGACCGGAGAGGGAGCAGAAUUCCUGGCCCUGGAGAUAGCAGGAGAGAGGCUGAGGUUCUCCUACAACCUUGGCAGUGGCACCUACAGACUCAGCACAGCUAAGAAGGUGUCUGAUGGGCAGUUUCACACAGUCAUAGCCCGGAGGGCUGGAAUGGCAGCUUCCCUGACAGUGGAUUCCUGCUCUGAGGACCAGGAGCCAGGCUACUGCACAGUUAGCAAUGUUGCUGUUUCUACUGACUGGACUCUGGAUGUGCAACCAAACCGAGUCACAGUUGGUGGCAUCAGGUCUGUAGAGCCCAUCCUUCAGAGGAGAGGACAGGUGGAAAGCCAUGAUUUUGUGGGCUGUAUCAUGGAGUUUGCAGUCAAUGGACGUCCCCUGGAGCCCAGCCAGGCUCUGGCAGCUCAAGGAAUCCUAGAUCAGUGCCCCAGGCUCGAAGGUGCCUGCACAGCCAGCCCCUGCCAACACGGUGGCACCUGUGUGGAUCACUGGUCGUGGCAGCAGUGUCACUGCAGAGAUGGCCUGACAGGAAAGCACUGUGAAAAAUAUGUUACAGCUGACACUGCCUUGUCCCUGGAAGGCAAAGGACGACUGGACUACCACAUGAGCCCAAAGAAGAAGAGAGAAUACAUGAUGAGAGUAGGUGCUGGGUCGGGGCCCCCGGGUGUGGAGCGCUUGGAAGUGAAGUUCCGGACGAGAAGCGAGAGCGGGGUUUUGCUUCACGUCCAGGAGAGCAGCAACUUCACUACUCUGCAGAUAAAAGGUGGGAAAGUGCAUUACAUAUCGGAUGCUGGCAUUGCUGGGAAGGUGGAAAGGACUGUCCCUGAGGUGUAUGCUGCAGAUGGGCAGUGGCACUCCGUGCUCCUCCAGAAGAACGGCUCCGCUACCAUCCUGGCUGUGGACAGGACUCACACCAGAGACAUUCCCCAUCCCACGCAGGACUUCGGUGGGCUGAACGUUCUCACAAUCUCUUUGGGAGGAAUCCCAUCAAGCCAGCCAUUCAAGAGCACGGUUGCAGGCUUCGAUGGCUGCAUUUCCUUCCUCAAGUAUGGUGGGGAGAGCCUCCCCUUCUCCGGCCAGCACAGCCUCGCCACGCUCUCCAGAACCGACCCUUCGGUGAAGAUCGGCUGCCGCGGCCCCAACGUCUGUGCCAGCAGCCCCUGCUGGGGGGAGCUGCUCUGCAUCAACCAGUGGUACUCCUACCAGUGCGUCCCGCCGGGUGCCUGUGCCUCCAGCCCCUGCCAGAACGGGGGCAGCUGCGAGCCCGGGGCUCACGGGGGCUUCACCUGCAGCUGCCCCGAGGCGUACGCGGGCCGGACGUGCCGGACGGUGGUGGCGUGCCUGGGGGUCUCCUGCGCCCCGGGACACGAGUGUAGAGCGGGGAUCAGCGGUGGCCACGUCUGCCUGCCCUCCCCGCACCCCCCAGAGCUCUCCCUGCCCCUCUGGGCCGUGCCAGCCAUCGUGGGCAGCUGUGCCACUGUCCUGGCGCUGCUGGUCCUCAGCCUCAUCCUCUGCAACCAGUGCCGGGGCAAGAAGUCCAAAGCCCCCAAGGAGAAGAAAACAAAGGAGAAGAAGAAGAAAGGGAGCGAGAACGUGGCGUUCGACGACCCCGACAACAUCCCGCCCUACGGCGAUGACAUGACCGUCAGGAAGCAGCCUGAAGGGAACCCAAAGCCCGACAUCAUCGAGAGAGAAAACCCCUAUCUCAUCUAUGAUGAAACCGACCUCCCGCACGCCCCAGAGACCAUCCCCAGUGCUCCCCUGGCCUCCCCCGAGCCCGAGAUCGAGCACUACGACAUCGACAACGCCAGCAGCAUCGCCCCCUCGGAUGCAGACAUCAUCCAGCACUACAAGCAGUUCCGGAGCCACACGCCCAAGUUCUCCAUCCAGAGGCACAGCCCGUUGGGCUUUGCCCGGCAGUCCCCCAUGCCCCUGGGAGCCAGCAGCUUGACCUACCAGCCCGCCUACGGGCAGGGCUUGAGGACGAGCUCUUUGAGCCACUCCGCCUGCCCCACUCCCAACCCCCUGUCUCGGCACAGCCCCGCACCCUUCUCCAAAUCCUCCACUUUCUACAGGCACAGCCCGGCCAGGGAGCUGCACCUGGCCAUCAGGGAAGGGAGCACCAUGGAGAUGCACAGUGAUGUCUGCCAGCCUGGCAUCUUCAACUACGCCACUCGGCUGGGGAGGAGGAGUAAGAGCCCGCAGACCAUGGCGAGCCACGGCUCCCGGCCGGGCAGCCGCCUGAAGCAGCCCAUUGGGCAGAUCCCUCUGGAGACUGCUCCUCCGGUGGGACUCUCCAUCGAGGAGGUGGAGAGACUGAACACCCCUCGGCCCAGAAACCCCAGCAUCUGCAGCGCGGACCACGGCCGCUCCUCCUCUGAGGAGGACUGCAGGAGGCCUCUGUCCCGGACCAGGAACCCAGCCGAUGGUAUCCCUGCCCCCGAGUCCUCCUCUGACAGCGACUCCCACGAGUCCUUCACCUGCUCGGAGAUGGAGUACGACAGGGACAAGCCCAUAGCCUACACCUCCAGGAUGCCCAAGUUGUCCCAAGUCAACGAGUCUGACGCGGAUGACGAGGACAACUACGGUGCCAGGCUGAAGCCCCGGCGGUACCCCGGGCGCCGAGGGGAGGGGGGACCAGUGGGGGCACAGGCCACCAACACCACCACCACCACCAGUGCUGGGGAGAGCUCCUUGCCCGUCAAGCUGGGGCAGCAAGCAGGAACCUUCAACUGGGACAACCUCUUGAACUGGGGCCCGGGCUUUGGGCAUUACGUGGACGUUUUCAAAGAUUUGGCAUCUCUUCCCGAAAAAACAGCAGCAGCAGUGGGUGAGGAUGGCAAAGGUGGUACAGUGAAACCCGUUCCCAAGGAUGGGGAGGCAGAACAGUAUGUAUAGGCUUUACCUCCUGGUAGUGCCACAGGGACCAGUCAAACCAUUAUAUGGUUGUAGAAAAGCAAAGGUCAGCAUUCAAACCCCGGGCCAGUUUGGUUGGAGGAGACUUUAAAAAUAAUAACCAUUAUGCUGCUGAAAGAGACUUAAAACGUUUUUAAUUUAAUUAUGCUUGGAUGAAUUUAUUUCUCCUGCAUGCGUUGUAUUUGAGAAGGAGAUAUUCGGCAUGCAGCCUUUGGAAGGGGUUUCCUAUUUACCAUUGUUUGGUUUGUGAUUCUUAAAUUAAUAAUGCUCUGUUCCGAAAAAUGAACUAAUUUUUUUAUUUUUUUUUUUUUACUUGUGAAGGAUGUGCAUAUUGUCUCCAGCUACUAACACGUUUUACGAUGCAAGAGUAUUGAGGAUUUAAUUUUCCUUAAGAAGUGCAUAGAAGAAGAAUGGUGAAUGAAGGAAUUACAGUAGUAAGGUGUCUCAGAAACCGUAGUUACCAUAUCCUGCAGUUGCUCACAUGAUGGAUGUGAUGAAAUCAGCUUGAAUAAUGGCUGGCAACAGUGCUGUAAGUCUUAUUCCAUACAAGAGGUGCUAGAAGCAGCUCAGCCAGUCAGCACUUUAGGAGUUUUUGUUCUUUUCAGCUUCUUUUUGU